GCUAGCGACAAUGUCACUAGAGAUUAGUAUAGCGAUUCUCCUCAUUCCCCUUUUUCUCUUUCUUGGCCAUUGGUAUAGAAACAGAAACUCCCUCGUUACAAAUUGGCCCAUUGUUGGAAUGAUGCCAGCGCUUCUUUGCAACUCAGGGCGAGUUUUCGAGUUCUUCACUGAUCUUGUUAACUUCUAUGGGGGAACUUUCAAGUUUAAGGGACCUUGGUUUCCUAGCUUGGACUUCGUUCUCACUAGCGAUCCCAUGAAUGUCUACCACAUUUUGUGCAGAAACUUCGACAACUAUGAGAAGGGUUCGGAGUUCAGAGAAAUUUUUGAACCCUUCGGAGAAGGAAUUGUCACUUCUGAUUCACAUAGAUGGAGAAGCCAAAGGAAGGUUUUGCAUUCAUUGACUAAGAAUAACAAAAAGUACGCGCGCUACUUAGACAAAAUUUUCUGGCAAAAGCUGGAGACAUGUCUAAUGCCGGUCCUCGAGCAUGUCGUGAAUUUGAAAACUGAAGUGGACCUCGAAGAUAUACUUCAACGGUUCGACUAUGACCACAUAUGCUUAUUAGCAUUGGGCCUCGACCCCAAAACUCUAUCAGCGGAAUUUUCAAAAGUUCCUAGCAAAGUGGCAUUUGAUGAAGUAGAGGAGGCCUUGCUGUACAGGAAUAUACUGCCUGUAGGCGUUUGGAAGUUGCAAAGAUGGCUUCAGAUUGGGGAGGAGAAGAAGUUGAGUAAAGGUCUGAAAAUCGUGGAUGAUUUCGUAUACAAUUGCAUUUCAUCGAAACGAGAAAAACUAAGCACCAAAACAAGAGUGGAAGACGAUGAAUUCGACUUGUUGACAGCCUUUAUAGUCGAAGAAGAAGGAGAAAUGAGUGCUUUAGGGAAAUCUGAUAAGUUUUUAAGGGACACUGCCUACAGCUUCAUAACAGCAGGAAAGGACGCUAUCAGUACCGGCCUCUGUUGGUUUUUCUGGCUUAUUUCAACACAUCCAUACGUAGAAAGCAAAAUUUUAGAAGAGAUCAAGGUGCAUUCCCCAGCAAGCAAAGAUAGUAAGUUGAUGUCUUUCAGUGGGGAAGAGCUGAACAAAUUCGUGUACCUACAUGCAACCUUGUGUGAGACAUUAAGACUAUACCCACCCACACCCGUCAACAGUAAAACUGUAAUCAAAUCAGAUGUUCUUCCAAGCGGAGAUGAUGUUGAUGAGGGAGCAAGGAUCUUUAUUUCUGUCUAUUCAAUGGGAAGGAUGGAAGAAAUAUGGGGUAAAGAUUGUUUAGAAUUCAAACCAGAAAGGUGGAUUUCGGAGCAUGGAGACCUGGUACACGUACCAUCUUACAAAUUCAUACCAUUUAGUGCAGGACCAAGAGUUUGUUUAGGGAAAGACCUGAGUUUCAAACAUAUGAAGACAGUGGCAAUUAACGUACUUUGGAUUAUCAAGUUGAAGUGGUGGAGGGCCAAACUGGCUGCCCAAGCAGCCACUCUAUCGGGCUUCACGUUGAAAAUGGUUUGAAGGUUAGAAUAAAGAAAAGAUGUGUUUGAUAUUUCGAUGAAUUUAUCCCUUUUUUUUUUUUUGUAUUUGAAGAAGCAAGACUUAAAUCCAGCUUUUGAAU